CGGAAGUGCUCCAAAAUGGCGGCGCGCAGCGGCAGCGGUGGGGCCACGCGGCUCCGGAGCUCCCGGGAACGGCGGAGGGGGAGGGGACAGGGGGCGGGGCCCGCACGGAGGGGGACGGGGCGUACCGGAGAAGGGGAGGGGGGUGUGUACAUCCCCGGCCGCGCUCCCCCGCCCGGUCCCGGUGAAGAAAUGGUGGUGGAUACCUCCGCCUACAGACUGCUGCACCACGCGGGCACCGGCGCCCCGUGCCUCAGCCUGGACAUCGUGAGGGAUGGUUUGGGGGACGACCGCGAGACGCUGCCGCUGUCACUGCUGCUCUGCGCCGGGACGCAGGCACCCACCGCACAGGGCAACAGGCUGAUGGUGCUGAAGAUGCAGAACCUCUAUGGGCCGCGACGGCGCCGUGGGGACAGCGGCAGCGACAGUGACAGCGACAGCAGCGAGGAAGAGGAGGAGGAGGAGGACGAAGAGCGGAGCCCGCAGCUGCACCUCGCCAUGAUCCCCCACUACGGCGGCAUCAACCGCGUGCGGGUACUGCCCCACGGCGCCCCACAGAUCUGUGGGGCUGACUCACGGCGUCCCCAUAGCGCUCCCAUAGAUGCGUGGGGCGGAGCCAUAGAGGCACCGCUGCGCCUCUCUGUCAUCCUGCACUGCGGCGGUGUCAACCGUGUGUGGGUGCUGCCCCACGGCGCCCCACAGAUGUGUGGGGCUGACCCAUAGCUCCCCCAUAGGGCCUUGUAGAUCUGUGGGGCUGAUACGUAGUGCCCCCAUAGUGCCCAAUAGGUCUGUGGGGCUGACAUGCAGUACCCCUAUAGUGUUCCAGCGGGGCCCCAUAGAUCUAUGGGGCUGACAAAUAGUGCAGCCCAUAAAACUGCGCACUGACCCAUAGCACCCAGUAACACCCUAUGGAUCCCCAUAACCACCCUAUAGCGCCCCAUAACCAUCUCAUG